AUGAACGCCCAAGCAAUGGCGGCUGCAUCUCGCGCCAUGAGACCCAAUGCGUCUUCGUCUGAUUCCAAAGCGUAUGAUCGAGUGGGCGGCCCGCAUCAAGUAGCCAUUCCCCCACGGCGAGCGCCCUCGAGUCUUCGAUAUACCGAGCAAGAACCCAUUAUCGUCAACACCUUUUAUGAAGCAGCUGGGGUCCCUCCCACACCUGUUCAACCAGAACCUGUCGAGAAUGAAGACUGCCGUCCUCCAAAUCCCGCGGAAUUGCCGCAGAUCAUAGAGCCCGUGGGACUAGAUGGACGUCUGAACUCGCGAGCUUCAUCGUACCGCCGGCUGCGCAAAGCCAAGUCAAUGUUCAGCACACGAGCAAAGUCUUCGCAGACUGUCUAUUCUCCAUCCCAGACAGAGACACCAAGAAACGCAUUCGAGUUGAAUCGAGGAGAAUUUCAUUGGGAUCUGCCUCGAACACUGCGGCCCUCGCCGUCUCCCCAUAUCAUCCAGCGACAACACAGUCAUGUCGUUCGCCACGCGAAGAGUCAUGAUGCGGCGAUAGAGCUUGCUCGUAGUCAAUUUCGAAUGGGCUCUUACAGCCCUGAGCCAAUGCAGGAACGGCCCUCAUCGUUCCAUCGGAAGAAAAGGGAGCAGAAGAGGUUCCGCCAAACGCUGCGGAUUACCAGUGACAAUUCGCCCAGCUUGACUUCGUCACCCUAUUCACUUUCGAGAUGGAGCUCGCGCAGCAAGUCCCGAGCUUUGUCUGCUUCGAUCAAGAGUGGCUUCCGCCGUAUCUUCGGACGUUCCAAACCCAGCGGUGCGGGACCCGAGGAUGCCCAUGAAAGAGGCGAUCUCUCGACCCCAGUCCCCAAUUCCAUCGCUGCUGCUGGGCAAUCGUUGGGGCACGAAGGAAAGACCACCGUCCUGGCUAGAGAUCCCGUGCCAGCGGACUCUCCCGAUGGUGACAGUCUUCACACCGUGACAUCGCGAGUAACAAGCUGGGCGGAUUCAUCGGUUGCAAACACCAUCAAGACACACACCGUCCGGCGCCGUCAGUCUUUGUCCCUCAUCGAGGAACACGAUGAUUUGAACAAACAUCUGCCUGAGACACCUGAUGCCUCUGCGGAGAGAAUUCCAGCACGCAGCAUGCGAGGUGGACUGAGUAGUCAGAUGAGUCCCAGUGCGAUCCAGAAUUGGGCAAAUAGCAAUGACCUCUAUUCUGCUUUGAUGCAGCAGAUCAGAGACAGCGAUGCACGUUCGACUGAUGAGGAAAUUGUCUUUGGCGCGGUCCCACAGCAUCGUGCGAUUCCAGAAAAAGCGUCAUCUAUUCGCAGCCAACACGCUGUGCCACAGGUCUUCAGCGAGGAAUCAUCAGCUGCUGGCUCACUCGUGGUGAGUCAUGUGCCCGAAAUCGAGUCCCCCACGCCGCGCCGAUCUCAGGGCCUCAUGCGAGUUCCGAGGGUCAUACGGAGAAGUCGCAAUGUUCGAGCAAGUCGGCCGAUCGAAGAUGUCUUUGCAGCUUCGCAGGUCCCAGAUAUUGUCCCUUCGUAUGAAGGAGCCGAUGGGGACACCGAUAGUGUUGUUUUCUGUUCUCUGGCCAGAUCACAGACAAGGGACGAUUCACCCAGUAUCUAUUCUCGAACAAGCGGUGGGACCCCUGAGGAAAGCUCCAGUAGAAUGAUUGCCAAUGUCCUGGACAACGAGACCGGCACAGCGACUAUCUUUGCGUCCCAGAGAGCCACGUAUAGUUCACCCAACCGAACUCAUGAUCAGGCUCCUUCCGGGAACCCUCGACCGCCUAGUUUGGACUGGAAGAAGUGGAUGGAUUCUGAGAUCGAGCGAAUUGAGAACACAACUCCAGUCCGAGAGCACACAAGGGAGGGGGCCCAGCUUGGUAGUGACCAAGAAGACGACGUCUUCAAGCACAUGGCAGAAGAGGAACAGACGGCCUCUGAGAAAGUCAAGGAGGGCCCUGCCGUGUUGCAUAAGGGGAGACGUAAUACCCUUGGCCACGCGUUAAAGCGUCAACCUUCCGGUCAGAACAAUUACUCCCGGCCCUUCAGUCGAGCUUCGAGCAUGAGCACUUUUCUACCCUCGCGCGGAACCCGUUCUCUGAUCCACGAGAAACCGAGUCAACCUGCGGUGACUGAGAAGGGUACUGGCGGACCUGCUGAUCUACCAGCUGAGGCUGCUAGCCCUCGGGAAUCCUCCAUCGUGCGGACAGUGCCUCCAAAUCAGGGCAAAGGGCCGGAACCUUCGAGUGCGAUUGCACAAGGGCCUGCUCGUGAAGUGUCAAAGCGCGGGUUGACUCAGGAACAGUACCGGCGCUAUUCCGCCCGCCGACCGCUUACCGUUGGGACAUCCACGAAUGUGCGGUCCAUGCGCAGCUUUCAAGCAUCACACCGGAUGCAUGGUGAGAACACCGAGAAGCAAAAGGAGUAUGAGGAGCUCUUGGAUGACUACCAUCAAGUCCAGGAUUCUCCAUCCCAAAUUUCCAGCAAGCGCAUGGUCGAGAUGUUUCUGGAAAGUCGGCGCCAGGAGGGUGCAGGACAUGUGGACGGCACGGAAAACGGCGACGCAUUUGUCUAA